AUGACUGAAAGUAUUGCGUCAUCAGACCAGUCACAAAAUAUACCUCUUCAAGGAGCAUAUUCAAAUACUAAUAAUACUCAUAAUAAUAGAAAACAAAAACGUCGACCCAUGCAGACAAGUUCACAAGACGCUCGUUAUAGUCAUCGUGGGUAUCAACAACAACAACAACAACAACAACAGCAACAUGAGCAACAAUGGUAUUCAUCUAAUAUGUAUUAUGAUGAAUAUUAUUAUGGAGCACCACCUCCACGAGGAGGAGGACAUCGCAUUAACAAUCAUCAUCAACAACAACAACACCAACGACGACCACAAUUUCGCCAUGGGGCAUCAUCGUCGCAGAGUAAUCAACAAUUAAAUGUUCGCCCAAAUAGCAAUUCAUCAGCAAGGUCGGCAAAUGAAGUCGAAAAUCUUCGCUCAACAUUAACUGAGCAAUUAUAUAAAAAUAUUUAUGAAUGUAUGAUAUGCAUAAUCAAAAUCGAUCGAGAUCAAGAAAUAUGGUCAUGUGAAAUUUGCUAUAAAAUAUUUCAUUUAAACUGUAUUAAGCAAUGGGCUAAUUCAGAAGAAAGUGGUACAGACAAAAACUGGCGUUGCCCAGGCUGUCAAUAUUCUUAUUCGACACAUCCAAUGUAUAACUGUUACUGUCAUAAACGUAUUAAUCCAGCAUUUCAACCUGGUGAAAUUCCUCAUUCAUGCGGUGAAAGAUGUGAUAAACGAUUGAAUACUAAAGCUAAUGAUUGCAAUCAUCGUUGUUCUGAACUGUGCCACCCUGGUCCUUGUCCAACAUGUACAACUAUGAUCAAACGUUCUUGUGCAUGUGGCCGUGAAUCUCGUAUUGUUAUGUGUAGUUCAAAUGCAAUGAUUAAAUGUGAAAAUAAAUGUGGUAAACUUAAAUCCUGUCAACAUCAUACUUGUGAUGUGAUUUGUCAUCCACGUGAAUGUGAACCGUGUGAUGAAUUAAUUAAACAAAAAUGUUAUUCACAUGAAAGCGAAAGAGAAGUUCUAUGCAGCAUUGAAACUGGUGGCACACAAGUAUUUACCUGUGGUGAACCAUGUGGAAAAUUACUUUCAUGUGGUCAUCAUAGAUGUCCAAAGCCAUGUCAUAAUGGGCCAUGUCUAGAUUGUUUAUUAUUACCACAGAAUUGUAAAACAUGUGCUUGUGGAAAAACAAAUAUGGAUAAUCAACAAAGAACUUCAUGUCUCGAUCCACUACCGACUUGUGAAAAAUCAUGCGAAAAAUUUUUACCAUGUGGUCCAAUCGAUAAUCAUCAUCAAUGUUCAAUUCAAUGUCAUAAUGGUCCAUGUCCACCAUGUAGUAAAGAAUCUAUUCUUCAAUGUCGUUGUGGACAAUCAAAGAAAUCAGCAUCAUGCAUAGAAGUCAUACAAUAUGAUCCAAUAAAAAAUCCGUUUUGUUGUGAACGACGAUGUAAUAAAAAGAAGUUAUGCGGAAAACAUCGAUGUAAUGAGCAAUGUUGUGAUCGUGACGUGCAUGUUUGUGAAAUCAUCUGUGGUAAAUCACUUAAUUGUGGUAUACAUAAAUGUGAAGAAUUAUGUCACAAAAAUUUUUGUCGUAAAUGUCCAAUAAAUAGUUAUGAUGAAUUAACGUGUCACUGCGGUCAAACUGUUCUUCAACCGCCAGUUCCAUGUGGUGAAAAACCUCCUAUGUGCAAUUAUAAAUGUAAUCGAGUACAUGCAUGUGAUCAUCCUGUUUAUCAUAGUUGUCACAAUGAAGAUGAAUGCCCACCUUGUGCGCAUCUUGUUACCAGAAUGUGUGUUGGUGAACAUACAUUGCGCAAUAAUGUUCCAUGUCAUCUAAAAGAAGUUCUGUGUGGUCAACCAUGUGGUCAACCUCUUCCAUGUGGUGUUCAUGCAUGUCAACGUGCAUGUCAUUUGGGUCCAUGUCAAACUAAUGAUCAAAAAUGUACGCAACGAUGCAAUAUUAAGCGACGCGAAUGUGGACAUCCAUGUAAUGCUCUAUGUCAUGCACAUGAAUCGUGUCCGAUAACAACAUGUCGAGAUAUCAUUAAAGUUCGAUGUCCAUGUGGUCGACUAGUAAAAGAUAUUGCUUGUAAUGUUCGACCGAAUGAAUCUAAUGAAGGAAAAGAUGAUAUUAAUCUAACUCAAUCACUUGUUCAAGCACUGUCCGUUCGAACCAUUGAUUUAUCACUUUCAAGAAAACAACAGCCAUCACAACAACAACAUCAAUUAGAAUGUGAUGAUGAUUGUCGUAUUAUACAACGAAAUAAAAAUUUAGCCAUAGCUUUAUCAAUUAAUCCUGAUGAGUCACGAUUAACACCAAUUGUUUACACAGACUUUUUACGUGAUUAUGCAAAAAAACAUUUAGAAUUUGUUCAGACUAUUGAACGACAAUUCUCGCAACUUGUUGAAGAAACUCAGCGUCAUCGUGUUGCGAAACGAUGUCAUUCAUUUAAACCAAUGAAAAUUAAUGAACGUCAUGUAAUUCAUGAAUUAGCAUCUUUUUAUGGUCUUGAAACACAAGCUAUGGAUCCAGAACCAAAUCGUAAUGUUGUUGCAUAUGCAUCUUACGGCAUGUGUAAAUUUCCAAUGGUGACAUUAAGCGAGUCGAUUCGACGGGAAAAGCUCAAAGUACCACCUCCUGUAUCAUUGACGUAA